AUGCGGGCUCGCCGCGCGCUCCGCACCGUGCUGUGCGUGCUGAGCUGCGCGUGGCUGCACUCCGGAGCGGCCUCGAGACUGAAAUCGCCCGCCUUGCCAAUCCAGUCGGAGAGAGAGCCGUCCCCCUCGAAAGGCUUAUCAGGGUGUCCAUUUGGAGGUCAAUUCUAUUCUCUGGAGGACACAUGGCACCCAGAUCUUGGAGAGCCCUUUGGGGUCAUGCACUGUGUCCAAUGCUACUGUGAGCCUCAAAAGAGUCGUCGAGGAAAGGUGUUUGGGAAAGUAAACUGUAAGAACAUCAAGCAAGACUGCCCAGAGCCCGACUGUGAGGAACCUAUCCUCUUACCUGGGCACUGCUGCAAGACAUGCCCUAAAGGAGACGAGGAGAGGAAGCAGGCAGAGUCAUUGCUGGAUGGCUUUGAGUAUUUCCAAGAGAAGGGCAGGGAGGUAGAGAAGGAAGAUGACCUCCACAAGUCCUACAAUGACCGCUCCUACCUCAGCUCUGAGGACUUGGGCCCUGGAGAAAGCCGCACGGACUUUGUGGCAGUAUUGACAGGUGUGAAGGACUCAUGGCUGCCCAGUUCUAGUGGUGUGGCCAGAGCCCGUUUCUCUUUGACCAGGACUAGUUUGGCCUUUUCCAUCACUUAUCAGAGGAUGGGUCAUCCCAGUAAAAUAAUCUUCUUGGAUUCAGAUGGGUCCACUGCCUUCGAGUUCAGGGUUCCUAAGGGAAAGUCGGACAUGAUCUGUGGUGUGUGGAAGAACCUGGCCAAGCCUCUGCUGCGACAGCUACAGGCCGAGCAGAUGCGAAUCACCAUGACGACGUCCACAGGCAGACGAGAAGAGGUGGAGGGGAAGAUCAUCAAACACAGGGCACUGUUUGCAGAGACAUUCAGCUCCACACUGACAUCGGAGAAGGAGAAUUCAGGCAUGGGAGGCAUCGCGAUGUUGACUCUGAGUGACACAGAAAACAACCUUCACUUCAUCCUCAUCCUGCAAGGUCUGCUCCAGCACAAAGACAAAGAGCCCCCCCUGGUGCCCAUCCGGGUCCAGCUGCUGUACCGCCAGCACAUCCUAAGAGAGAUCCAAGCUAACAUCACAGCGCACGACCCGGACUUUGCGGAGGUGCUGACAGACCUGAACAGCCGAGAGCUCUUCUGGUUGUCCCGGGGCCAACUGGAGAUCGCCGUGGCGACAGAGGGACAGGACCCCCGACUCAUUUCUGGUUUCAUCACCGGCAGAAAAUCUUGUGACACCAUCCAGAGUGUUAUGUCCAGUGGCGAUGCCUUGACACCAGGAAAGACCGGUGGGGUGGGUUCCGCCAUCUUUAAUCUCCAUGACAAUGGCACAUUGGACUACCAGGUGCAGUUGGCAGGCCUGACCAGUGAUGUGGUGGGGCUCACCAUCGAGCUGAAGCCACGGCGUCGCAACAAGCGUUCCAUCCUGUAUGAUCUGACCUCAGAGUAUGACAGCGCCACCGGCCGUGCCUCCGGCAGCUGGAGCCGGCUGGAGGCACGCCACAUACACAUGCUGCUGCAGAACGAACUCUUUAUCAAUGCGGCCACAGCACACAGCCAGGAGGGAGAGCUGAGAGGACAGAUCAAGGCGCUGCUCUACAGUGGCCUGGAGGCUCCCAAACAUGAGCUGCCCAUCCCCUUGGCAGGCCAGUUUGUAUCACCCUCAGUGAGAACCAGUGCUGGGGGCCAUGCCUGGGUGUCAGUGGAUGAACAGUGUCACCUCCAUUAUGAAAUUGUAGUGGCAGGCCUCAGCAAGACUGAUGAUCUGACUGUCAGUGCUCACCUCCAUGGUUUGGCUGAGAUUGGCGAGAUUGAUGAGAGCAGCACCACUCACAAGAGGCUGCUCACUGGCUUCUAUGGCUCACAGGCACAGGGUGUGUUGAAAGACAUUAGCGUGGAGUUGCUACAACACCUGGACAGAGGAACAGCUUUCAUUCAGGUCAGCACUAAGCUGAAUCCCCGAGGAGAGAUUCGAGGACGGGUCCAUGUACCAAAUAACUGUGAGUUUGGGACCAGGGGAGAGGUAGAUGAGGCAGAGUUCGAUGACCUAUUUGUGAGGGAUCCCGAGGAGCUGAAGAAAGACCCCCACACCUGCUUCUUUGAGGGACAGCACCACGCCCACGGCUCCCAGUGGAUCCCCAACUAUGACAAGUGCUUUUCCUGCAGCUGCCAGAAGCGCACCGUGAUCUGCGAUCCAGUCAUCUGCCCUGUGCUCACCUGCUCUCGCACCACUCAGCCUGAGGACAAGUGCUGCCCGAUCUGUGAUGAGAGGAAGGAGCCCAAGGACAUGAAAGCUCCUGAGAGGUUGGAAGAACAUCCUGAAGGGUGCUACUUUGAGGGAGACCAGAAGAUGCAUGCCCCUGGAACCAUAUGGCAUCCCUUUGUUCCUCCCUUUGGCUAUAUCAAAUGUGCUGUCUGCACGUGCAAGGGUUUGACUGGCGAGGUGCACUGUGAGAAGGUGACGUGCCCCAUGCUGACGUGUAGUCGGCCGGUGAGGCGCAGCCCCUCAGACUGCUGUAAGGAGUGUCCAGAGGAGGAGAGGGGCACAGCAGGCCUGGAUCAUGCUGACAUGAUGCAGGCAGAUGACACUCGCCACUGCAGGUUCGGCAAAAGCUAUUACCAGAACAGCGAUAACUGGCAUCCCCGCGUACCCCUGGUGGGGGAGAUGAAGUGCAUCAACUGCUGGUGUGAUCAUGGUGUGACCAAAUGUCAAAGGAAGCAAUGUCCUGUACUGACCUGCACCAACAUCACCCGCAAAGAGGGCAAGUGCUGUCCCGAGUGCCUUGAUUCCAAGGAGGAAGAGGACCUGAUGAUGAAGGAUCCAGACAAAAGGCAGAGCUGGAGGCAUUGAGUUGUGGCCUCUCUCCCCCUCUGAAACUGCCCCCUCACCCACCCUUCCAAAACCUAACCCUCUCUUGGACCUAACUCAGACCUGCACACUGGGUUAGCAAAAAUGCCACACCCCUCUCCAACCUCUCCUCUCCACGUCCUCCCCCAAAUGCCCACCCUGGUUUCAGCCUCUGGAUUGUAUUGAACAAAGAAGAGUAGAGGAGCAGUGCAAAUGAAUAUAUUCUCUUUCCAAAGACUCACUGAGAGAACGAAUGGAGCGAUGAAGUGAACCAACCACAACUUUUUCACCUGCUCCCUUCCGCUUCUGUCUCCUCUUUCACUCGCCCCUUUGUUGGAUUUCUAUGUUUGUUUUUUUUUCUUAAAAAAAAUUUAAGUUCGUUUGCGUCUUCAUUUAUGUUUUUUAAGGUGCCCCCCUCCCCAUGUCAGAGAUACUAAUGUACAUGACAGAUUGUUCAUGGCUUGUACUUAGUUGAUUACGUGGACAAGACUUCCUUCUGAAGUGCAGCCUUAGCGAGUUCCCACCUUCAUCCAUUAGGGAUGAUGGGCAAAAGGGGUCUUUCAUACUCUGUGUGUGUGUGUGUGUGUGUGUGUGUGUGUGUGUGUGUGUGUGUGUGUGUGUGUGUGUGUGUGUGUGUGUGCAUGCGUGUGUGCGUGUGUGUGUGCAUGCGUGCACGUGUGUGUGUUUAUUUGGUUGUGUGUUUUCCACUGGUAAAGAGUACCACUAAUCAGCAGCACAGACACACAAUGCAGUAAACUUGGUGGGUGGCAAGGUGGGGUUCAAAAACUAUAAAAACACACACAAACACACACACAAAACCUUGAGCAGGCAUCUUUAGUCUGUUUAUGAAAAUCACGAACAAGUUUGAAUCUGUUUUUUUAAAAACUUGUCUUUCAUCCGUUUCCCACAAAUUAACCUGUCAAAAGAUUGUUGCUCGUCCUCGCCGUAGCUCAUCUGGUGCCACGGUGGAAGGAGGCGUACCUGUGCCUCCGGAAAGUAACUUCAUAGACGUUAACUUAAACUGUCUUCUCCUCCCAUUGACCUUCAUUGUGUCUUAUGGUUGUUUCCCCUUCUCUCAGCUGUCUGAUUUGAAUUUAAGUAAAAUAGUACGAACUCCUUUUCCGUGUUUUUUUUUCCAAUGACUAUGAAGCUGAUAUGUAUUUUGUAUUUAUUGAAAGUGUGGAGUCAAAAUAAAAAGAUAUUCAUACGUUGGUGAAGCCAGAUUUUUGUGAUACUACCACCAAACCACCUUUCAGUAAUCUCCGGCAUCCUCUGUGCAAACGUAUCGCGGUUUCCCAUCCGAGUCACCCAUUCCUCCA